GAGAUAUAGAUUCUUACGUUUAGGAACGGUUUAUUAUUUUUUUUUGUAUUUAUAUAUUUACACACACACACAUAAACAUAUACAAUGGGUAUCAAGGAUAAAGUAAAGAGAGCUUCCAAGAUCUUUUCUUCUGACAGCAAGGAGAACAUUUCUGAAGUUAAGCCAGAAUCAGUUGAAACCUCUGAACCAGUUGAUGCUGUUGCCACUGAAGAACCAGUUGUUGCUGCUGAAGAAUCUGAAGCUGUCACCGCUGUUGAACCAGUUGCUGCUACUGAACCAGUUGUUGCCGAAACUGAAACUGCUGCUAAGGAAGAAGUUGUUGAACCAUCUGAAGACCUCACUGCUGAAGUUCCAGCUGAAGUUGAAACUGAAGCUGCCCCAGUUGAAAAGGAUGUCACUGAAACUGAAGCUCCAGUUGAAGCUGCCGCUGAAGAACCAGUUGAAGAAAGCGCCACCGAAGCCAAGGCUGACGUUGCUAAGACUUCAGAAAAGAUUGGCAAGGAACCAAAGAAGAAUGAUUUCUUCAAGAAGCUCUUGGCCAAGUUCAAGAAGCCAACUACUGCUGCUAAAUAAGUUUCUGAUCAAUUUAUUUAAUUUUAAACUCUCCCGUUUCAAACAAUUCCAAUUUAAUUGUUUUGCAGCUUGAACAGAAUAUCUAUGUAUCUAUGUACAAGCGUCUUAAUGUCUAAU